UCUCUCUCUCUCUCUCUCUCUCUCUCUCUCUCUUUCUCUAUAUAUACACACACACACACACACGCACAACUGUAUGAUUACUUUUCCUUUAACACCUACUGUCUACACACACGCACACACAAGUGGAAGCUCCAACGCUGUUCGAAACUCAUUCUUGGUCAUUUGUGCCUUUGCUUCCUUGCGCUGUUCUUGAAUUUAAAAAGUCAGCGGUGUUUUCACUAAAUGGAGAAUAUGCAACACGAUUUCAGUGAUCGGACGAACGGAGCGGGGCCGGUGUCGGUUCAGAACCCGAAAUUAGACAGCCGCCUAACCAGUUGCAUUCUGAGGCAUUUUAGAGAAAAUUAUCCGCCUGAUUUUCUGAAUAAGGUGGUUGCAGAAAUUGUUGCAACGUAUCUACUGGUGUUUGUGACAUGUGGUUCGGCAGCUCUUAGUGCUAGCGAUGAACACAAAGUGUCCAGACUCGGAGCAUCUGUGGCAGGUGGUCUCAUUGUCACCGUUAUGAUCUAUGCUGUUGGCCACAUCUCUGGUGCUCAUAUGAACCCUGCCGUCACCCUGGCUUUUGCAGCCGUCAGGCAUUUUCCCUGGAAUCAGCAGGUACCGUUUUAUGCAGCAGCACAGGUGACGGGCGGUACUUCUGCUGGAUUCACUUUACGUGUUCUAUUGCACCCUAUAAAACAUGUUGGCACCACUUCACCUUCUGGAACUGACAUUCAAGCCUUAGUCAUGGAGAUUGUGGUCACCUUUUCCAUGAUGUUCAUCACCUCUGCUGUGGCCACUGAUACCAAAGCUAUAGGGGAACUUGCGGGGAUAGCAGUGGGGUCUGCAGUGUGCAUCACUUCAAUAUUAGCCGGGCCAAUCUCAGGAGGAUCAAUGAACCCAGCAAGGACACUUGGUCCUGCAAUUGCCAGCAAUUACUACAAAGGUGUUUGGGUGUAUUUAAUUGGACCUGUUUGCGGGACAUUAGUGGGAGCGUGGUCCUAUAGUUUUAUUCGUAUCUCGGACAAGCCGGCCCAUGCUUUAACACCGCACUCAUUUUCAUUCAAACUACGUCGCCUGAGAAGCAACGAUGAACACACACCAGCGAAUGACAAUCUUAACCAUCUGUAAUGUAUGGCCCUGACGAGUACAGGUGCAGAUUACCCUCUAGUGAAGCAAGUGUUGAACAGACUAAACAAUGCAGAGUGUACAUAAUCAUGCAUGCAUAUUUCCAGCAUUGUAUUCCUCUGAUGAAUAAUAAUAAUAAUAAGCCAAGUAUGGAGAUUGAUCUACCAA